AUGGGUGCCUCAGACAGUGCAUGUACAAGAGAACAUAGUGAAUCACCGGAAGAAGCAAAGACAACAACGUCUCUCGCUCUUGAAAAAGAGGGGGCCCCAUCCAGCAUGAAAAAUGCCUGUCGCCCACGGUUCUUCCAGGGGCUGUUUGACACCUCGCCUUCUGUCGGGUGUAUGUACGUUCAGCGGAGAGCAGUUGGAGCGGCUGCACCUGGGGAGUUUCAGCAGUUGGCGUCUCGAAAGAAGCGCAAUCAUUGUCGUUUCCUUAAAUACAGCCACAAUGCACCCUGGACGCGCGAAUUCAGCGGAACGGUCAGUUCGUCCGGCCUUUUGGAUGCUCUUGCUUCGGCUAACCCGAGGAUAUGCGUCUUUGGGGGCAGCUUCGAUCCUCCACACUAUGCACACCUCCAGGCAGCUGCAGCCGUGCUUGCGAGCGGCGCAGCAGCAACAGUUUGGUUUGUCCCCUGUGGGGGAUCCCCUGCAGAUACAGGGCAGCACGCAGAAGAGAAUGGACACCAUCAGCGGAAGGACAAGGCUUUGCAUGCGUCCACUGCUGAUCGACUCGAAAUGACGCGUCUUGCCGUGAAGAGCUUCUUCGGGCCGCUCUCAGGGAAUGCAGUUGAGGUGCUAGACAUAGAAGAGCGAGCCGGCUGCUUCGUUCCCACUGUAAAGCUCCUGGACCUUCUGCAGCGGCGGCUGCAAGAACAACAGCAAGAACAACAGCAGCAACAACAGCAGCAACAACAGCAGCAGCAACAACAUCAGCAGCAGCAGCCGGUGCUGCCCGAGUUGUGGCUUCUUAUUGGUGCAGACUGCAUCGCUUCCCUGCACAAAUGGUACGAAGGGGAGCGGCUCAUGCGGACGGCUCGAUUCUUAGUAAUUGACAGACACGGCUUUUCUGCUCACAGAGCUGCAGGCAGUGUUGAGGUGGCGGCUGAGGAAACAGCAGAACCUCAGGCGUGUGGCAGCAGCCCUAAGAGCGUUGAGAUGGUCACACAGUUGCAGCGCAUGCCGCAUGUACUGUGGGUAAACGAAAUGCUGCAGUGCAAUGAGGCUUUGUCUUUGCUGCCUCGUGUCUCCUCGUCUAUCCUCCGGUGCAACCUGGCAGCCAGAAGGAAAGGGCCGCAACAGCUGGCUGCGUGUCUUUCUCUGACCCCAGCGGCAGUCCUCGAGUAUAUUGAUCGGCGAAGCCUUUAUCUGUGA